AAUAAUAUAGCCAACGGAUCUUAAUUAAAUAUUGGUUUCUUACCCUACAAAGCAAAAGAAAGCAAAGUAACAAAGCUAAGCAAAAGCAAAGCUGAAGCCAAACCCCAGUUGCAGUCCUACAGUACUGCGGCUACCACAACCAUGGGAGGAGAGAAAGAGAAGAACAAGAACAAGAACAAGAAGCAAAAACACCAACAUCCAAAUCACCAAUCUCCCAAACCCACUGCAGAUUUUUCAUUCAAACUCUGUUCCGAGGUCAAGGGCCUCCGCUUCGGCGGCCAGUUCGUCGUUAAAUCCUUCACGAUCCGCCGCGCCCGGCCGCUUGAGCUCUUACGCCUCCUCUCUCUCCCGCCGCCGACUCCGCCACCGCCCAACCACCACCAAGAUCGUAACAACAGCAGCGGUAAACCCAAUAAUCCUAUUACAACGUCAAAACCCCAUUUGGUUUUUCCGUCGACGGCGGCGUUUCUGCCGACGAACUUCACCAUCUUAGCGCACCACGCGUGGCACACCCUCACGCUGGGGCUAGGGACCAAGAAAUCGAAGGUGCUCCUGUUCGUUUUCGAGUCGGAGGGGAUGAGGGCGGCGGUCGACCGGCUCUGGCCGGCAGAGAUUCCGCUGGGGGAGGUGAAUCGGAAGCUCAUACGGGCUCAGACCGGGUCCGAGAUGGCCCGGUUCAAGUUCAGGAAAGGGUGCGUCACCUUCUACGUGUACGCGGUUCGCCGGGUGGGGAGCGCCGGAUUCGCCUGCGCCGACGACCUCCGGACCAUUCUCCAGUCGGUGGUUGCGCUGAAGGAUUUCUUGGACCACACUGCAAUGCUGGCUAUGCCCCACCAGAGAACCAUCAAUUAUUCGUCGCCUCCGCAGCCCGUCGCAAUGGCCCACUAGCUAGGCAGCGCCAUCGCCGGCCUCUUCCAUUGUCUUCAUCAUCAUCAACAACGAUAUAUGGUGUCGUCACAUACAUAUCCAUCACGGCAUACUUCUUCUAAUUAAUUAAAAACUUCGGUUUCUUUUUAAAUUUUUGCUCUUUCUUGACCUUUUUUAAGAGCAUUUUUCUUUUGAUAUAUGGGGGGAUUGCUUUCUUCUUGUUAUUACUAUAUUACUAUUUUUGGCAGAUCUUGCUUUUGUUCUUUGUUCUUUGUUUUUUUCCUCAUCAUGUAAUUUAGUGUGAAUAAAUUGGAGGUUUUCACUUUUCAA